GUGACGUGGCGUCAUAAACCCGGAAGUAAACAAUGUAAAGAAUGUAGAGAGCUAGCUAACAGGCCUGAUAUUCUGUUAAAUAUAUUUCUGUGAAAAUAAGGAACCUGACGGGGCUCCUGCUGAUUUAGACAAAGUCAUGAUGCCCGCUCGGAGCAGUUCAGCCGGCGGGGGAAUCUCAAACAAUAAAGUAAAAUACUCCAGACUAGCGGACAGCGAUGAAGGUUACAUCGAUCUACAGUUUAAGAGAAGUCCACCUAAAGUUCCAUACAAGGCCAUCGCUCUGGCGACGUUCCUCUUCCUGAUCGGGUCUUUACUGAUCAUUAUCGGCUCUCUGCUCCUCACCGGGUACAUUCAUGUUGAGAAUCCGGACCGGACGAUUCCAGUGCUCAUCAUCGGAGUGCUCGUCUUUCUUCCUGGCUUUUAUCACUUGAGGAUCGCCUACUACGCCUCCAGAGGUUACCGCGGCUAUUCCUACGAUGAUAUUCCAGACUUUGACGAUUGAUCCUGAUUCGCACCGUGAUGGUAUUACACAAGCUGCAUGACGCCUUUGUUGCAUUUUUUUCCCUCGUUGUGUUUUCCUUCCUGUGGCUGAGCAGAGCAGAGGGCCAGGAAGAACACACGCCUGCUGCGUCGCUUAUCUGUUAUGCAGAAUAUACUCUUCGAAAUUAUACUCUGAUAUGCAAAUUAGAGUUUAGCACUACACCUAAAAAGCCAAAAGAAAUGCCUUUGUAUGUUUGUUUUAUGUUUUAUGUAUGAUGUGAAGUGUACAUAGUUACAAGAAAAGUAUAUUGUUUAAAAUAAACGAUUUUUACUAUAUUGCUGUGGUUUAAAAAUAAUAAAUUUAUAGUGCGG